AUGGAUGAUUCUGCCCGCCCUAAGCUGCUCAUGGUGAGCGUUAAGGUCUUCGAGGGGAUGGAUGGGGAGAAUCUCCUGCUCUGGAUGAGAGAGGUCGAGAUGGCCAUCGCAUUCGCCAUGGUUCAAACCGAGAAACAGCGCGUGGUGCUAGCCAUCUCAAAUCUUGGUGGUCAAGCGCGAGAAUGGGCACUGACGUGCGGCACUUCGGUCGAAGCUACGUUUCCCUCCUCGGCGGAGCUGAAAUUGCAGCUCUCACGAGUGUUCUCGCCGUCUAAUCAGGCAUAUCGCGUACGAUCGCGCUUCCUUGCCGCCCGACAGGGCAAAAAGGAAUUGGUGAACUUUGUCCAAGAGAUGCGCACUCUCAUUGCCAGGAUGGCAGCAAAUAUCCUCCCGGAGGCGGUCACAGUGACCAUCUUUAUGGAAGGCCUUCGCACUCGCGUGGCUGGAACGGAAGUCUUCCGUGCGCAUCCGUCUUUGUUUGAAGGGGUGGUGAAUGUGGCAUCGAAUGCCAAAUUCAAUUUCAAGUCGGAACGACUUGGUUGGAAUGCAAACUCCAACAGCUCGUUGAGCGGUCCUAUGCCCAUGGAUCUCAGCUAUGCGUGGACGAGGGAGGAGAGCUCCAAGCUGCCGGGCAGUACGCACUCACACGACGGUGUUUUGUCUGUGCAGACACUUGUCACCUGCGGAACGAUUGCCCUUGCGCUGGGCGCGUCAAGGCUCUUCGAACCAUCGCAUCAAUUCCUACCAGUCUGA